CUUAAGCAACUCACUUGCCUGUUGGCUAUUGUAACGUUUGUUUUUGCUAGAGAGUUAGAUUAAACCGUAUUUGGUAAAUUUAAAGAAAAUUUUGUAAACAUCGUUUAGAGCUUCGCAUGCAAAUAGCCAUCAAUUUUUUGAAAAGAGGAUUUUUUUUUUCGUCUUAUUUAUAUUUCUGAGUAAAUAGAAAGGAAUCACUGAAUCUCUUCUUGAGUAAAUUAAAAGGAAUCCUUCUUAAGCCAUUUAUAAUGAAAUCACAAUGCAUAGUACCCAAUCACUCCAUAGAAUUUCUUUAUGAAAUUUCAGUAAUUCAAGUAAAAAAUAUUUGCACUCAUCUGGUACAAUUACAGAUUAUGAUACGAAGUAUUUAACUUGGACACCUUAAUUAAAAUUCAAAAACUUUGAAGCCAAUCAUGUCUCAGGGAUCAAGAAUGCCUGACUACCAAAUUCCAGACAUUUUUCAUAGAUUUCAAGGUUGGAUGGAAGUUAGAGAGCAAGUUAUGGAAGGUUUAAGUAAAGGUUUAUGGAAGACUUCUAUUUCAUCUGCCCCAUCCACACUUCAUAGUGAAGAAUUAAAUUUUGAUACAACAUCUGAGUUGUCAGCCUCAAAGCGAAAGCCAGAGGAACAGUUUCAAAAAUCAAAGAAAACACUUAGAAAAUCACAGGAAUGUAAGGAUGAUGAUGAUGAAGAGAAAGAGUUAUAUGCAGAGCUUGAAUAUUUGGAAAAUCUUCUGAACAAAGAAACUGGAGGGAAAAAAUUAGCCGAACAAAAGCAUCUUACUAAGCAACGGAUAUUUAAUGAGUUCUUUACAAAGUGGAGAAAUUCUCACUCUAACCUGCAUGAAGAGCGAAAAAACAAAACUGGUGAAAAUAUUAAUGAUAGAUUAAAUAUCAUAUUAAAUGUUCUAAAAGAAAAUAAGGAGCCAGCUUUAGAAGAAUGGAUGAAGGCUUGCGAGGAAAAUGAUGUUGGGCAAAUUGGUGGAUCUGCAUCAAGGAAUUACAGUAUUUUUAAAAAAGACAAUUAUGUUCAUGAAAUGAGAGAUAUGAGAAAAAAGUCUUCUGAGAAAGAUUUACCACAGCCUUCAACAUCUUUUCAGCAAGACGAUUCCUUUUAUUAUUUUCCUGGUAUUCACUAUCCGGGAAGAAAUAAGGAAGAUGCACUUGACUGGUCUGAAAUAUCACCUGUGCUUGACCCACACGAAGAGGUGGAUUGUCAGCCUGAUAGUGGAAUGAUCCUUGAUAGUGGAGUGGUCCCUGAUAGUGGGGCUAUUCCUGAUAGUGGAAUGAUCAUUGAUAGUGGAGUGAUUCCUGAUAGUGGAGUGGUCCUUGAUAGUGGAGUGGUCCCUGAUAGUGGAGCUGUUCCUGAUAGUGGAGUGGUCCUUGAUAGUGGAGUGAUUCCUGAUAGUGGAGCUGUUCCUGAUAGUGUAAUGAUCAUUGAUAGUGGAGUGAUCCCUGAUAGUGGAGCUAUUCCUGAUAGUGGAAUGAUCAUUGAUAGUGGAGUGAUCCCUGAUAGUGGAAUGAUCAUUGAUAGUGGAGUGGUCCCUGAUAGUGGAGCUGUUCCUGAUAGUGGAGUGGUCCCUGAUAGUGGAUCUGUUCCUGAUAGUGGAGUUGUUCCUGAUAGUGGACUUUUGAGUGAAUCUUUGGAUGAUCAUUCUGUUCCUGAUAGAAAUGCAAAAAAAGAUUCAAGCCAACCUUUAACAAUAAUUGAGCAAGUCUUGUUUUCAUAUUUGAGAGAUCCUUUUGGUGAUCCUGUUGUUCCUGAUAGAAAUCUAGAAAGAGAUUCAGAAAAUCUUUCAACAUCAACUCACCCAGCCGAGAUUUCAUUUUUGAGAGAUCUUUUUGGUGAUCUUUUUAUUUCUGAUAGAAAUGAAGACAGUGAUUCUGAAAAUCUUUCAACAUCACCUGAGCCUGCCGAGUCAUGCUUAAUUGAAGAUGAUGAAAAUAGUAUUGACUUUGACCUACUUAGUAAAUGGGGACUGGAAAAGAAGUCUGCUACUGAAACAGUGGCUCAAAGUGAUGGAGAGGAUCUAAGGAAGAACACAGCAUCUAGUUCUUCUGUUAAACCAGUUUAUAGAGACACGGAGGUUUUUUAUACAUUUGCUGGAAAAAUACAAAAAGAAGAUGUUGUUGGAAGUGAAAUUUUGCAGCCUUUUGAUGAGCUUGCAAUCUCUUCUAAUUCGGAAGAUGAAACUGACGAGGAGCAACAUCUUUCUGACACUGAAGCUGUUGAAAGUGGGACAGAAACUGAGAGUACAGACAGUGACAGUAUGGGGACAGAAACUGAGAGUACAGACAGUGACAGCGUGGGCACAGAAACUGUGAGUACAGGCAGUGACAGUGUGGUGACAGAUGUGGAUACAGAGAAUAUGAAUGAAUGCAAUGUAAAUACAGAAAAUACUAAAUCAUAUAUAUCCCCUUUGAAUAUAAUUAUUAAUGAUCCUAAAAUGAAACAAAUUUUCGUUGAAACUCCUACCAUGUUGAACACUUUGAAUACUGAUUUAGAUGAGCGCUCAAUAGUUCCUAUAUCCUCCGAGUCAGAAUCGCCGCGUAGCGACAUUGUCUCAGAAUGUUACUAAGCUCUUGCAUAAAGAUUU